AUGCAUUUAUAUAUGGCCUUAUUUCUAAUACUGUUGGAGCCUAUCUCUUCCUAUAAAAUAUUAAUAUUCUCACCACGUCUUGGUCAUAGUCAUGUCAAUUUCAUGGGAAGAAUAGCGGAUAUUCUGGUUGAAGCUGGACACGAUGUCACUGUUUUUGUGCCGGAUUUAAAUCCAGAUGUAUCAAAUAAUGGUUCCAAAUUGGCAAAAAUAAUACGGAAGAGAUUUCCAAACAAUCCGUACCUCGCGAAAAAUUCAUCGGGAAUAAUGUGGAAGAAGAAGGGGAAUAGUAUUUUGCGAGUCUACCAGUUAUUCAAACGUCUGUCCGAUGCACAAAGAAUGACAUGUCGAAAACAUCUGGAAGACGACAAGCUGAUGGAUUCGCUGCAGGCAGAACAGUACGAUUUGGGUAUCACCGAAUAUAUCAAUUUCUGCGGAUAUUCCAUUUUCAAAAGGAUCGGUCUCAACAAUUAUAUUACCGCUACGGCAGUUAAUUUGUUCGAAGUGACCAGCGACAUCUUUGGUGUAAGCUCUAAUCCGAGCUAUGUGCCCGCUUCUUUCGCUUUCACAUCAGAUAAAAUGAAUUACCGUGAUAGACUGACAAACAUUAUCAUAUAUGCAAUAACUUAUGGCCUAACAAAGUUUAUUUGGGAACCAGCAGCUCAAAGUCUCCAGCAUCAUUUACCCAAUAAAUUCGAUUAUAUUGAAGCAGUGGAAAAAAGCUCGCUCAUUUUUGUCAACACCGAGGAAUUGAUAGAAUUUCCCCGUCUGGUCAGUCGUAAAAUUGUAUUUGUUGGCGGAAUAGCUAUUUCGGAAGCUUCACCGCUCACUGAGGAUUAUCAACAAAUUAUGGAUCAUUCUGGACGUGGUGUCAUUUUAGUAUCAUUCGGGACGAUAGUGAAAAGCAAAGACAUGGAUAGUGAUAUGAAGAAGAUAUUCGAAGAUGCAUUCCAACAAUUAUCUGAGAUCACUUUCAUAUGGAAAUACGAAAAUGACGAAAGAGGAGAAGAUGUAUAUCUUCCUAAUGUCAUUAAAAGGAAAUGGGUACCACAGAACGAUCUUCUCAAUCACCACAAGCUUUUGGCUUUUAUAUCUCACUGCGGUCAAAAUAGUCUUAUGGAAAGUAUCAAUGGUGGAGUACCACUCAUUUGUAUACCACUAUUCAGUGAUCAGUUUAGAAAUGCUGCGACGGCAAAGAAUAGGAACGUAGCGGUUAUCCUGAACAAAGAAAAUCUUACAGCAGUUGGCUUAUCUUCUGCAGUUAAAACUAUCAUCAAUGAAGAAAGUUACCGGAAAAGUGCGCAGAAACUGAAAAAGAUGAUUAAGUAUAAGCCAGUGUCUGCUAGGGAACGACUCAUACGAUAUACUGAAUUCGUUAUAAAAUAUGGUCCAUUCGAGAACUUCAACGUUGCUGCUUCUAAACUAAACAUUUUCCAAUAUUUCCUUGUGGAUGUUUUGCUUGUGGCUUAUCUGUCAAAAGGGGGCAGGUGGAAGCUAUCUGAGGUGAAAAUUCACAGUGGAAGGCCGAGCUGA